AUGGCCUGGUUUGCCGCUCUCAAGGUUUUCUCCCUCGAAAAAUUUCAUCCUGUAUGGUUUGCCGCUCUCAACUUUUUCUUCUAUGAAAAAUCUCAUCCUGCAACUCUUGGCAUUCUCUCAAACGAAGCUGCAAAAGCCAUGGCUCAUCUUCUCCACCUUUACAGGUCUCUCUCAGAGGAGGAAUUUUUCAAGUUUCUUAAAGGACCUCUCAAAUCCAGAGGAGUCGCUCUCUUAAGCUCAACAGACGAAGUUUCUCUGCUUUCUCUCUUUUGCUCUGAGAAGAUUGCUGAACUUGAUUAUGCCGUCGCCAUUAUCUCCUACCUCGCUCGUAAAUGCUCCGAUCCAAAUCUCAAACGCUUUGAUGCCAUCUAUGCCGAAAUCAAACGCGGGAAUUUCACUCUUCGGAAGCUUCAAUACAACUCGAAAAAUGCACAGAAGAUGAUCGAGAGGAUGGACAAGUACGUCGUUGCAACUUGUAAUUUGCAGUGCUCUCAAGAAUCUCUUCGCGAGAUUGGGAUUUGGGAGAAGAAGCUUUACCAAUGUAAUAAACUCAAUUGUCUAACUCUUCAUAGAUAUUAUAGCAGAGCUAACAAUUUGAAUGACGAAUUGUUCCAUGAGAAAAUCACAAAUCUGAAAAAACAAGUUCACCGAUGGAGAGACGCUUCGCUCUGGAAUCACACUUUCGACAAGAUCGUCGGCCUCAUGCUCCCAGUCGUCUCUCUCAUCUACGCUCAAAUCUGUGUUCUAUUCGGACCUUUCGCGCCCGCUUUAUGUUCGAAAAAACUCACUUCAUCAUCCACCACUCCCCACCACAAAUUACUAGGCAUCCGGAUCCAACCAGAGCCAGACGCGGACUACUGCCUCCUCGCAGACAAAAACAAAUACAUAAAUGCAAACACUAAUCGACGCAAGGCGAGAUCGUGUCCGAUCCUCAAAACUUCCGAGAGGAAAAUCACUCUGUUCUACAGCAGCGAAUUAUGUGUCGAGUUAGGCCAUAAUAUCCAAGGCUGCGAAAAAACAACUUCCAACGACUACAGAAAAGGACUGCUCCGUUUAGCUCCAGCAUCCACGGUCGGCGGCGCGGGGCUCGCAACGCCGUACGCGAACGCGAUCGUACUGGCGCAAGGUUUCUUGCACUCCCCGUUGAGGAUAAGCAAUGAGGGGCGCGGGCACAUAUACGGAAUGUUGACAGAUAGGGUAAGAUGGAUAAUUAAGGAGAAGAUGAAGAGACGAUCAUGGUACAGAGAUGCGAUGGAAAGUGACGGGCAUGCCAUGGCGGAAGGAUGUCGGGAGGCAGUGGAGACGACGCUGAAGUGGCUUGGACCAAUGGCGCAAGACACGUUGAAGUGGCAGAACGAGAGGUAUUUGGAGCAACAGAGGUUGGACGCGAAGCCCACGGUGUCAUUGUUGCAGACUCUGUACUUCGCCGACUUAGAGAAGACAGAGGCCGCCAUUGUUGAGAUACUGGUAGGUUUGAGUUGCAUUUUUACUUACGAGAAGCGCCAUUUGGGUGGAGCUCGUCUCCUAUAG